AACAUCAAAAGCGUACAAAAUUUCUUGAACUCUGUAGACGUAUGUAUCGAAUUAAAAUAAGUUGAUACAAGAAAUCCUAAAAGCCUAACAUUAAAAUUGCAAACGAAAGAACAUGUUUAAGAAUACAUUUCAAAGUGGAUUUCUAUCGAUCUUGUAUAGUAUCGGUAGCAAGCCGUUACAAAUCUGGGAUAAAAAAGUAAGAAACGGUCAUAUAAAACGAAUAACAGACAAUGACAUUCAAAGUUUAGUACUGGAAAUAUUGGGUAGCAAUGUUAGUACCACGUACAUUACAUGUCCAGCAGAUCCCAGGAAAACUUUGGGUAUCAAGUUGCCAUUUUUGGUAAUGAUCAUUAAAAAUUUAAAAAAGUAUUUUACAUUUGAAGUUCAGGUGAUUGAUGAUAAAAAUGUACGCCGCAGAUUUCGAGCUAGUAAUUAUCAAUCCACAACCAGAGUAAAACCAUUUAUUUGCACUAUGCCAAUGAGAUUGGAUGAUGGAUGGAAUCAGAUUCAAUUUAAUUUAGCUGACUUCACGAGACGUGCAUAUGGGACAAAUUAUGUGGAAACAUUGAGAAUUCAAAUCCAUGCUAAUUGCAGAAUAAGAAGAGUAUACUUUUCUGAUAGAUUAUAUUCUGAAGAUGAAUUGCCUGCAGAAUUUAAGUUAUUCUUGCCAAUACAGAAUAAAGCAAAAUGUUAA